AUGGCAACAGAUGUAACAUUUUUGCCAACAAAGAAACCAAGAAGGUCAACACGGUUGGUGGUGCGAGAAAUAGAAGAUCAUAAAGAGACAAUAAUUCGACAUGGACCACUUGGAUAUUUCAAUAUUUUACCAUUGGAAUUAAGAUUUUAUCUUUUUAAUUUUCUAACAAUUGAGGACCUGAGUAUUCUUACAAUAACAUCAAAGAUCAUGCGAAACCUAGUGGAAGGAUACAGAAUUACCCAACCAGUGACACUUCAUAUUACACCACAACCUCACAAUCACGUUUUUAAACCACCUGAGCAUUAUGAACUCUACUUCGAAAAAUACGAAAAACUUGGCUUAUUAAUGAAAAGAUCAACAUGUUUAUAUGCAACAAAAGACAGACUUCGAGUGAUAAAUGAUUUUCUUACAAAGAUGAUGUGCUGUAAUUCGGAAAAUGAUCAUGAUAGAGAGAACUGUAUUUCUUUGACCUGUUUUGGUAAAUUUUUUCACACAGUAAUUGCUGGAUGGGAUGACACAGAAUGUUUAAAAGCUUUUGAGGCCAUCUGUAAUCACACAUCUUUACUUAAAAAUAUUAAAACAGUUGUCACAGCAAAAGCAGGAUCAUACCCCAAAAUAGAGCUGAGUAUGCGGUUGUUAAUACGAAGGGUAUUUCUUGAUCCAUGUCCGUCAUUAAUGGACAAAGCAUUCUGGUUAACUCGUAUCCUCAAACCCUGGCCCAUGGUCACCCAGGCUAGAAUUAUAUAUCUUUUAUAUGGUGCUUCAAAGGACGGUGAUAUCUUUUGGUUUGAGAUGUGUGAAAACACACCAAUCAAUACUGAACAAUCCCUUUCACAUUUUAGUGAAAUAGCUGAAUGUAUUCAAUUGUUGUUUAAUUAUAAGAAAGAAUGGUCUGAAGAUGAUAUUGUUAGUGUUGUUGAUGAAUUAACUAGUUCUCCAGAUGAAUGGUUAGCUGAAAAUGUGGCUAAUUUAUUAUUAUUAUGUGGGGAUAAAAUUACAUCUAAGUUACUCAUCAGUAAAGCGAUCAAUGGGAGAAUUAUAGAACUCUGUAGUGUAACCACUUCUUUUUGUCUAGUCUGUGUAAAGAAUAGUUAUAGUUUAUCAUGUGUAAUGAUCAUGGUACAGAAUAUUCUACAAGUGAUGGAUAAUAGCAAGGAUAGGCUACUUUUUAUCAACAGUAUGAUGGAUAUGUUUAAAGAACUUAUAUUAGAUAUGCAUGAGUUCACAGAAUCAGAGGAGGUUCAUGAUAGUGAUUUGUUUUAUAUGGUAACAGCUCUUACAGAAUUCACAAAACGAACAAUACAGAUGGCCUUCAAGAAUAUGCUGCUUUAA